UGAAUCAGUGCCUUGUUUGUAGAAAGUUCAUUCGUGGAUGUGUACUCCACCUCCUCAGCUCAGCAGCAGAGACACUGGUGUCAAACCUCCAAAGACACAGGGCUGGUGUUGAGAUUACUGGGAGCCAUGGAGCCUUUGGUCUUGGUGGUUUGGGGGUUGCUGCUGUCUUCCCAGCAGGCACACAGCAUUAGAGAUGGCAGCUCAAACUGCAAGCCGGUCACAGCCAGCUUUUGUCAGGGUGUGGGAUACGCCACUACCCUCCAUCCGAGCGGAGUUCAAGGUUUCAACCUGAAGCAGAUUGGUCAGAUUGUGGAGACGGCCUGCUCACCUGAAGUGGCCACACUCAUGUGUCGGGUUGUCGUGCCAGAAUGCAGCUCGGAGGAUGAGAGCCGGGUGAAGCCAUGCAGAUCUCUCUGUGAAAAGGUCAAGACAGAUUGCGAGUCCGUGCUCAGAGCGAAGAGGCUGCUCUGGCCAGUGAGGCUCCAGUGUGGAGCUUUACCCGAGUCUAACUGUGUUCAGGGUCAGGUCAUCGCUGUGUCUCCAGCCUCCACUGCAACAUGUCAGGCAAUCACCAUCCCUGUCUGCAAAGACCUGCCUUACAAUGAAACUGUGCUGCCCAAUAUGCUAGGCCAUAAUACUCAGGACGAUGCAGGCCUGGAAAUACAUCAGUUUUAUCCACUUAUUGAAGAGGAGUGCUCCCCUCAUCUGAAGCCUUUCUUGUGCUCCGUCUACACUCCUGAGUGUGUGUCUGGAAAACCCCGUCCCCCCUGCAGGACACUCUGUGAGCAGGCACGGUCCAGCUGUGAGCCACUGAUGAGCAAGUUUGGCUUCUCCUGGCCUGAAGCACUGAAGUGUGAAGCACUUGGCACAGAAUCAUGUGAGCCCGGUCAAGACAUCAGUGUUAUUCAAACAUCAUAUACAGCAUGUCAGACAAUCACCGUCCCUCUCUGCAAAGACCUGCCUUACAAUGAAACUGUGCUGCCCAAUAUGCUAGGCCAUAAUACUCAGGACGAUGCAGGCCUGGAAAUACAUCAGUUUUAUCCACUUAUUGAAGAGGAGUGCUCCCCUCAUCUGAAGCCUUUCUUGUGCUCCGUCUACACUCCUGAGUGUGUGUCUGGAAAACCCCGUCCCCCCUGCAGGACACGCUGUGAGCAGGCACGGUUCAGCUGUGAGCCACUGAUGAGCAGAUUUGGUUUCUCCUGGCCUGAAGCACUGAAGUGUGACGCAUUUACCACAGAAUCAUGUGAACACAUGCUGAAUGCUGAAGCUGUUCUGGCUAAACUGAAUGCUGGUGGUUAUUCUGUUCAUGGCAAAUCCCUGAGUUUGAAGACUGCCUGCCUGCUGUUGACUCUCAUGGAUGCUGACAAGACUGGAGACCUUGGUGUAGUGGAGUUCUUCAAACUGGAGCAUUAUGUGGCUAUUGUCAGGAGGGAGUAUUUGGAGAGCUACGAGAGCAGGACUCCACCUUCUGUCACUCAAACCCAAAUGAAAAAGGCUCUGUCUGCCCGUGAGUUCAAUUUAGAGGAUGAAACCUUCACGACUCUGUGGCAUGAAUACCGUUCCCAAGGAGGGAUCGACUACGAUGAGUACGUGGCAGUCCUGGCAAGGCUUCAGAUCCUCAAAGGUAGAUAUCAACAGGCACAUUCAUGAAGUCAGCCAUAAUCUGAGGAUCAAACUGGGGCAGAGCUGAAAGGACCAAAGAAGAAAUGUUUAUUGAAAUCUGUUACAUAGCAGUUUAGUAGCACAGAGCCAGAGGACAAAUAAAUGAUUAUGAAUCUGUCACAUCUCCAUUAAUAAACCAUAAGCAUAAAUUUACUGCCACGUAUUAUCAAAAACCUAAGAAAUUUGACUCCAGCCCAAAGGCCCCCAAAGUGCACAACAUUAAAAAAAAGAAUAAAUGCAGAAUAUAUACAAGUUUAAAAAGCACAAGUUAAAGAGCAAAACAUAGACUAACUGUUCAUGAGUCUAAUGACCCAGGGGAAGAAACUGUCCUUAUGUCUGUUUGUUUUGGUGUGCAGUGACCUGUAGCACCAACUAGAGGGGAGG